UCACAUAUACAUYGACGUCCGCACUCCGCAACCGCCUCGUUCAUUUUCAUCUCACACGGCGUCGGUGGUGUAGAGCCAUAGCCGUUCGGAAGAAAAUUCGUCACGAACGCGUUCUUUUCGUUUUGCGGAUAUAGUUAGCGCCGUCCAUCCCGGGAGUCUAUCGUCAGCGUUCCGUACACUACACGUCGUCUGCUCAACCGCUCCAACAACCAUGUCGAGCAAAAAGAAUAAAAAACAGAAGUGGAUAUCAAUAGAAACAGAAGUUAUUUCAAUUGCUAGUGGAACAUGCUGGGCAGAUGAAGCAGAAAAAGAACAUAAUGGAAAACAUGGAUUUGCUGGCUUUGGAUUUGAACCUAAGCCAUUAAACCUUCCUAAGGCACCAAGAGCAGCAUGUGAAUCUAUUAUAGAUGAAAGCACUGUGCCUCAAGAAGGUCCAUUCUUGGUUCAUAUGUCAAAUUUGCAGUUUGAAAUUGAUGAAGAUGAUAUCACGAAUUAUUUUAAAGGACUCAAGAUAAACAACAUAAAAUUACCACGUAAUGACAAUGGUCGUAAUAAAGGAUUUGGAUAUGUUGAAUUUGAAGAGCGAAAAGAACUUAUUACUGCUCUUGGAAUGGAAAAUUUGAUUCGUGGUCGUCGUGUACGAGUAGAACUUGCCAGUGGAAUGCAAGAUUCGAGAAAUGCUUUUCAAAGAGGCAGUCGCAUGGGUAUGGAUUUUCCUAGUGGUGAUGAACCUGGUGAUUGGCGAUCGACAAACCGAACUUCAACUACUGAUGAUAGAGGAGGAUUUACUAGGCGACGAGAUGGUGGUGCUUUUGAUAAAGACCAUGAUAGUGAACAAGAUAAUGGUCCUUGGAGAAGUGCUAGAUGUAAUGUUGAUGAUGAUGUAGCACGUAAACCAUUCAGUGAUCGUCGUUAUGAUAAUUCUGAAAGUGGAAGAAGACCUUUUAGUGAUCGGCGAGGUGAUGACUCUGAGGGUGGAAGAAGACCUUUUGGUGAUCGUCGAGGAGAAGAUUCCGAAGGUGGAAGAAGACCAUUUGGUGAUCGCCGAGGUGAUGACUCUGAUAGUAGUAGAAGACCAUUUGGUGAUCGUCGUUAUGAUGAUUCUGACAGCGGAAGAAGACCUUUUGGGGAGCGCCGGGAUGAUAUAGAUGGUGGGCGAAAACCAUUCGGCGAAUCUAGAAGAGGAUUUGGUUUUAAUAAACGAGAUGAUGAUUUACCUGAAAUUGCUGGAGAUAAUACUUCAAUACCACAAGAACGUCCAAAGCUCAUACUCAAACCAAAGACUGUUGAUCCUAAUGCAUCAAAGACUGAAGCACCUAGCUAUGUAGCUGCACCAUCUAUAUUUGGUGGAGCUAAACCUGUAGAUACAGCAGCUAAAGAAAGAGAAAUUGAAGAGAAACUUUUAGCCAAAAAUGAACUUAAACCUCAAUCAGAAUUGUCUCGUGCUUCUUCGGAAAUUAGUUUAAAUGAGACUUCUGAUAAUAAGUGUCAAGAAGAAACGGAAGUCAAGCCACCAUCUCAGCCUAAAUCAGUUGAAACUUGGAGGCGCAGAAGUCCACGUCGACAAAGUGACGAUGAUCGUGUACCUCGGCGAAGAGCUUCUCCUGAACGCAACCCUAGAUAUGAAGAAGCUCCACCUCCACGUGAAAAUGCUUGGGAAAAGCAUUCUCUAAUUAAAGAAUCCUUGUCUUCCGAAGAAAAUAUGUGCAAUGGAACCCCGUCAAUAGUUGAUGAUGAAAAACCGAGACCAAACGUUUAUGUGCCACCAAAUCUUCGUAAAAAAACUGUUUUAGACGAAGAACCUGAUGUAAUAGCUACAGAAGAAUCUGAACCAAUUAGAAAAGAAACUGUCCCUGAUUUAGAUAAAAAUAUUCCGGAUAGAGCAGCUGAUGGGUCAGAAAUUAACGAACCCAACAUUAUAGAAGCUCCUAUUGAUGUAAGAACUGACCCUGACGGGCAAUCUAGUGAACCUGAUGUAGUGAAAGAUCAACCAAUUACUGAAGAAGAUACAAAUGACUCUGGAUUUAUUGAAUGUGGAAAAAAUAGUUCUGAUAAAUAUAAAUCAAAAAAGAAGUCUAAAGUUGUUAAAAAAUUACCAGAAAUAGAAGUUAAGAAGAAAGAUCCUGUUAUAACUAAAGAACUCAAAAAAUCUACUAGUAAUAAAUUUGCUGCACUUCUUGAUGAUGGUUCCAACGAAUAAAAAAAAAAAA